AUGAGACUAGCAAAUUACUUCAAUUCAAUACUAUCGUCAUUAUUUCUUGUAUUAUCAUUUUUAACAUUAGCAUUAGCAUCGCCAGGUGACGAUUUAUACGCAUUUCUGGAUUGUAUAUAUCAAUGUGAACAAAUUACAUGUAGAAAAAAUCCAUAUAAUCUUAUACAAGAAGAAUUUUAUCAAGAAUUUCUAGAUCAAGGGGUAGAAAUACAUUAUUACAAUCCCAAUUGGGAAUUUAUUAAAAUGCCAUUACCUUUUUUUUUACGGGUGUUAGGUUGGAAUUGUGAACUGAAUUGUGAUUAUCAAUGUCAAAGAAUUAUAACUAAUGAAAGGUAUAAAAAUAAUGAAGAAAUAUAUCAAUUUCAUGGGAAAUGGCCGUUUUUGAGAGUAUUUGGAAUUCAAGAAUUUUUCAGUGUUUUGAUGUCAUUGGGAAAUUUAUACGUUACUUAUAAAUAUGGAUUUAAAAAGAUAUUGAAAAUUAUAAAUAAUAAAAAUUUACCAAUACUAUUAAGACAACAAUUUUAUAAUAUUUUAGUUGUUACUAUUGUAACUAUGUUUGCAUGGAUUGCUUCUACUGUUUUUCAUACUAGAGAUUAUCCAAUUACUGAACAUUUAGAUUAUUAUUUAGCUGGUGCAACAAUUUUAUCAAGUUUUCAUGCUUUGGGUGCAAGAUUAUUUGAGUUCUACAAGCAAGAUAAAAUUUUGUAUCGUUGGUCAUUCACGAUUAUUUGCAUAUCAGCAUAUAUAUAUCAUGUUCAAAGAUUAUAUUUUGAUUGGUCAUAUACAUACAAUAUGAGAGCUAAUAUAUUUGUUGGAUUAUGUCAAAAUAUAUUUUAUUGUUUAAUAGUUUUCAAAUUAUAUUGUAAAUAUUACAAUUUAGAACAAUCAGAACCAACAAAAGUUAAUUUAAAUCACCUCAAUUAUUUAAAUUUUAAAAGAAUUAUAUUACCUAGUUUUUAUUCAAGAAGUUCAAAAUUAUAUACAUUAUAUCCAUUAAUGUUAUGUACAAUAGUUAUAAUGGGAAUGAUGUUAGAAAUAUUUGAUUUUCCUCCAAUAUGUUUUGAUUUGGUGGAUACUCAUAGUUUAUGGCAUUUAGUAACGAUUAUACCUGCGUAUAUGGGAUGGUACGAUUGGUUGAUUUGGGAUGUAUUUGAAAAUGUUUGGGAUGAUUUGAAAAAAUCUGAAACUAAAAAGAAUGAGUAG